AUGGUGGGCUACUGUCCAAUAUGUGGGAAGCCUGUCUACUUUGGUGAGAAGAAGAGGUCCUUGGGGAGGGACUACCGCCCUCUUUGUCUGUGUCAAAAGUGCAACAGACAGCUGACGCCUGGACAACAUGCUGAGUAUGAUGAAAAGCCGUAUUGUUCCCACUGCUACCUGAAGAUGUUUGGUCCGAAAGGUAACAGGUGA